AUGGCUGCUAGAGAAGCAUUUAGUAGUUCUGUGGAGUGCUUUCAUCAGUAUCCAUCGAAGCUUUGCAUUAUGGCUCUCUCCGCAGCAAUUAUGCCUCCCUCAUCUCCAAAAUUGAACCUUUACGCCAAAAUUCGUACACCCUUCUACCCUCACUCUGUUAGACUCCUUACCCCCCUAAAAAUUCGGGCUUCAACUGCUAUCGAUUAUUCUAAUGUCUCUGCCAGCGACAAAUCCUCCCCUUUGAAGACUAGUAAUUGGCAAUGGAAAUUCAAGGACAAUCUGAUAAACAUUUAUUAUGAGGAGCAUGUAAAGGAGAGCCCGGAGCCUUCCCAAAAUAUCUUGAUGAUGCCAACCAUUUCUGAUGUUAGCACUGUUGAGGAAUGGAGAGUAGUGGCUGGAGACAUUGUUCAGCGGAAUGGCAAUACCAAUUGGCGGGCUACUAUUGUUGAUUGGCCUGGGCUGGGUUACUCUGAUCGGCCAAAGAUGGAUUACAACGCUGAUGUCUUAGAAAAAUUUCUGGUUGAUUUCAUCAAUUCACCAAAUGGUCCCAUAAAACAACCAGAAAAAGAUUUGAUAAUUUUUGGGGGAGGGCAUGCUGCAUCUAUAGUGGCCCGUGCUGCAAAAAAGGGUCUGGUGAAGCCCAAAGCAAUAGCUGCUGUUGCACCAACUUGGGCUGGUCCCCUUCCUAUCGUGUUUGGUCGAGAUUCGGUCAUGGAGACAAGGUAUGGUUUUCUAAGGGGCACCUUAAAGGCCCCAGCAGUUGGGUGGAUGAUGUAUAACAUGCUGGUGAGCAACGAGAACGCAAUCCAAUCACAGUACAAAUCCCAUGUAUAUGCCAACCCUGACAAUGUGACUCCAGGAAUUGUGGAAAGCAGAUAUGCAUUGACAAAACGAAAAGGAGCACGUUACUUGCCAGCCGCAUUCCUGACUGGUGAAUUAGAUCCUGUUACAUCUCGCGAGGAGUUCCUUGAACUCUUCGCAGCUCUGGAGGGAAAGAUGCCAGUGCUGGUUGUAUCAACCAAAGAAUCUCCCAAGAGAUCCAAGGCUGAGAUGGAAGCUCUUAAUGGAGCUAAAGGGGUGACCAAGUUUGUGGAAGUACCAGGUGCUCUUCUUCCACAAGAGGAGUAUCCUGCGUUGGUGGCACAAGAACUUUAUCAGUUCUUGCAAGAAUAUUUUGGCUCUGUUGCUUAG